AUGGCUUCUGGCAGCGGCACGCGCUUAACAGGCGUUUGGUUUCUAGCUUCGUUUGUCUGGCUUUUGUGUACCUUGCAAAGACACACUUUAUUCAGUCAACCCCGUCUCUCCUCCUUCUUACUCCUUCUCAUAUCUGGUUCCUUGGCUCUUGUCGUGAGCAUAUUUUCAAAAUGGCUUCCGGGGUCCCAUGGUCGAUUUGAUUCUGAUGCUGUCUUAAAAGCAUCGUCCUCCUUGCCUCCUAGACCCCGUCGAUUCUACGUACCUUGUGUUAUCAUCCUCAUCGUAUUUAGACUCGAGCUUUAUUACAGAGUCGUGCAUGAUUUCCAAUGUUCCACCGCAGGCAUUGAGGCAUUUUUGCCGUUGUCAUUAACAGCGUACCGAUUCUUCUCUUAUCGUGCACCGCAAGUAGAGUCAGAUGAACCCGAAGAGAUGUGGGGAAAUCUCAUGGAAGACAUCGUGGCAUGGUUUACGGCCUCUCCUUUCAUGUUGCUGUUUGGGGCUGCUCUGCUCAGCUAUGGCGCGUUUUUGGCUGGUAGCUCUACCAUGCGAUCCACAUACUUCUGUUCGUCUUUAGUCGAUCAAGGAGCAAUUGUCGUCUUAGCCCAGUUGGUUGGUCUUCUCAUGGAAACAACUAUCAUCAUCCUAUUAUGGAGAGUGUUGUCCUGGGCGCGAACGACUAAGAGUCGCCUGCGGAUCCUUGGUGAUAUUCUGAUAAUCUCUUCGUUUGCGACCUGCAUUCCUUCAGUAAUGAGCCAGCCCUCGAGGCUCCUUGACGGUGUCAAUCCUAUUUAUAUCUUCGACACAUUGAGUACCGGCAUGAUUGUGGCUGUUCUGGUCAUAUCCACGUCCCUAAUGAUAUGCGAUACCUCGCCACUUGAACCCGUUACGAUUGCUACCCUUGUAUAUAGUAUUUUUUCUGGCGUUGGUAAUUUGCUUCUCGUCGGCACAUACCAGCAAACAUCUGCAGCUCAGCCACUAGCAAUGUUGGGAACAACCUCGCUGGGGUUUAUUAUCUUCAUAUACGCUAACAAUAUGCGCUCGGUUAUCUUCAUACGACGGGUGUUGCUCCUUCUGUUAUUAUUGAGCAUUCUAAUUUCCUCAGCCAUUUACACCUCCAUAACGCCGAAGGUAUUUACUCGUCACCCUGUCGAUGAUCUUGUCUAUAAAAACCGGAUAGAAGCAGAUCGAUGGCUACGGCAUGCAACCGUUAGCACAACUUUGAAGCUCGCAGUGAAGGAAUACGAAGAAAGACACCAUGGGCGUAAACCUCCUCGGAAUUUUGAAAAAUGGUUUGAGUUUGCUCGUCAGAGGAAAUCGGUCGUCAUUGACAAAUUUGAUCAGAUAGAGAAGGAUGUAUCUCCGUUCUGGGGUUUACAACCGCAAAAGAUUCGAGACGGGCUUGAUUUCCUCAAGAGUCAGUCCAAUAUUGGCAUCAUUAGUAUUGCCAACGGCAAAGUAUCUCACAAUAAUCCGGCUGAUCCUUCGCAACAAAGAACACUCGAUGGAAUCAUUACUCUAAUCUCAAGUUUUGCAGAGCAUCUGCCAGCGAUGGAUAUUGCCAUCAAUAUGCAGGAGAGGCCAAGGGUUUUAGUCCCUUGGAAUUCGAUAAAAUCCGACACCUCUACAGGGAGAGGUAUCAGAACCAAUAAGCAAAUGUCACCGGCGCAUCAAACUCAAUCCCCUAUCGCAGCUCACCGAUUUCAGCACCUCGAAGCCCUCGCCUGCCCUCCCGGCUCACCAAGCCGCAGUGGUGAGAACUGGGAUGUAAGAGACUUUUGUGCCUCGUGUACAUCUCCUCACAGUAAAGAGCAGUUCCUCGAUGAUUGGCAAAUGGCACUUGACCCUUGCCAUCAGCCAGACUUGUUCCAUCUUCACGAGUUUUAUACUACUCCCCAUCGAUUCGAUCUCUAUCAAGAGCUUAUACCCCUCUUCAGUGGGUCGAAAACGGCAGGGUUUAGUGAUCUCUUGAUCCCUCUGCCCCGAAGUGAGCCGGACGAAUAUUAUGAUAGUAGAACUUUUGAUCAAAAACAAGACCUUGUCUUGUGGCAGGGUGAUGCCAAAGAUGUACCAAUGGUCACUCACGAACUUCUCCACGGAAGCCAUAGAUUGCGCUUGGUACACCUUGUCCAGAAUGCCAAAGCGACGGACAAAAUUCCCAUGCUAUUAGGAAUCGGAGCGGGCAAGAACAGCAGGUUUCGCUACGAACACGUGCCCGUCACGGAGGGAAAUAGUAUUUUACCUCUUCAAAUAACGUUGACCGGACCACCCGAGGGUUGUAAAGAUGUGAACUGCGAGUUUCUACGGCGUGAGUUUGGAUUAAAGCUGCUAAACACCGAGGUGGAAGGUCGAUAUGUAAUGCUACUCGACACCAGCGACGGACCACCACCAGACCUACUCCCAGUUUUACGAUCAAACAGCGUACCGGUUCUUUCCUCUAUAUUCCACCAGUGGUUCACGGAGCGGUUGAUGCCCUGGGUGCAUUUCAUCCCCAUCGAUACGCGGUACCACGCUUUGCACAGCACGAUGUCCUAUUUUAUCGGCUUGGAUGGUCGCGGCACGCUCAACGGACGGAAACAAAUCACACCGGGUCGAACAGAGGAUGCUCGAUGGAUCGCUCAACAAGGUCGCAAAUGGGCAGAGAAAGCAAUAAGAAGAGAAGACAUGGAAGUGUACUUGUUUAGGCUGUUGCUGGAAUGGGGGCGAGUGAUCGAUGACGAUCGGGAUAAUAUGAACUUCAUACUAAAAGGAUAG